UGUGCAAUCCAUGAAGAAGCAUCAAAACAAAUUAAUUGCGCAUAUUGCGCACGUGUUGUUAAAUUGAGAAAUUUUGUUUAAAUACCUUUUUUUAUUAACAUUAAACUAAAUCAAACCGCAAAAUGAGCAAGAAAAGUAAAACAAAGUCGACUGAUCUUGGUCGGGCGUUAAUUAAAAAUCGCUUUGGUCACCAAUUUCGACGCAAAGUGCAUAACGACACAAUGCUACACACCACCGAAAUACAGGAUGGCUACGAUUGGGGUCGUCUCAAUUUGGCCUCUGUCACCGAGGAGUCCUCAUUCCAUGAUUUCCUACGCACAGCCGAACUAGCAGGCACUGAAUUCCAAGCAGAAAAAUUAAAUAUUACCUUUAUCAAUCCGAAAUCAGGCGUUGGUUUACUAUCGAAAGUACAACAACAGGAAAUGGAAAGUAAACAUAAGGAACAUCGUGAUAUGUUAACAAUACCAAGACGCCCUAAGUGGACAACGGAAACUACUGCGGAGGAGUUGCAGCGCGCGGAAAACGAAAGUUUUUUGGAAUGGCGUCGUUCGUUGGCUAAGCUACAAGAAGAGCAAGAAAUUAUAUUGACACCAUACGAGAAGAAUUUGGAGUUUUGGCGUCAAUUAUGGCGCGUUGUUGAACGUUCCGAUGUUAUUGUACAAAUUGUGGAUGCACGCAAUCCGCUGCUAUUCCGCAAUGUUGAUUUAGAGCGUUAUGUAAAGGAAGUUAACGCGGAUAAAAUGAAUAUGAUUUUGGUGAAUAAAUCGGAUAUGUUGACAGAGCAACAACGUAAACAUUGGGCAGAGUACUUUGAGGCAGAAGGCAUAAAAACAGCAUUCUUCUCAGCAACAAUGGCCACUGAAGAUUUAAAGAAAGUGCAAGAAGAAAUGAAUGAAGAGGAAGGUGAAGAAGAUGAGGAUGGCGAAGAAGAAGUGGAAAGUGAAAACGGAAGCGAAGCAGAGACUGAAACUAAGGAGAAAGCUAGUGAAGCAAAAACUAACACACUUUCUGAAGAUGUUAAACAAGAAAUAGAAAAGUUUAAAGCAUCGACUGAAGAAGUGCAUAAAUCAUUAGAUCAAUUGGAAGAUCAAUUCAAGUCAAUAAUGCAAAAAGCAGCUGAUGAAGUUGAACUACAUAAAAUGCUUAAAAAGAACAAUCCAAAGGUACUAACUCGUGAGGAACUCAUAACGCUGUUUAAAACCUUAUACAGAGGAAAGACAUUUACGCCGGGUGUAACAACCAUUGGUCUGGUUGGAUAUCCAAAUGUGGGUAAAAGUAGUACGAUCAAUGCAUUAAUGAUAGAGAAGAAAGUAUCGGUAUCAGCCACACCGGGCAAAACAAAACAUUUCCAAACCCUCUUUCUGGAUACAGAUUUAUUGUUAUGCGAUUGUCCUGGUUUAGUGAUGCCAAGUUUUGUACUAACCAAAGCUGAUAUGAUACUCAACGGUAUACUGCCAAUAGACCAGAUGCGGGACUAUGUGCCACCAGUGAAUUUACUUUGUUCACGCAUACCACGACAUGUACUCGAGGAUAAAUACGGUAUAAUCAUUGCCAAACCAAUUGAGGGUGAAGAUGAGCAUAGAUCGCCUCAUGCCGAGGAGUUGCUGCUCGCUUAUGGCUACAAUCGCGGCUUCAUGACAUCCAACGGCCAGCCAGAUCAAUCGCGUUCUGCACGUUAUGUAUGCAAGGACUAUGUAAAUGGCAAGCUGCUCUACUGUCUCGCACCACCCAACGUGCCACAAGAGGAAUAUCAUGUUUUUCCUGCGAAAACAGGUAGAAUAAUCACUGAACAACAACUGCCAAGUCAACAACAACGCGCAAUGCGGAUCAACACGAAAACUUCUUCAAAUGACAUCGAUAAGCAAUUUUUCGCCGCAAAUAACAAUCAAGCUUAUGUAAAAGGUCGUAGCAAUUUUCCACAUAUACGAGUCGCCAACGAUGGUAGCUUGGUGAGUGCGCCACCCACUGAAAAGCCCUGGCGUAGUGUGAAGAAAGAGCGACGUGAGAAAUUGCGUAAAAAAUUCUCACAUUUAGAUCAGCAUUAACUGAAAGUGAAAUUUGUUUUAUUUAAAACAUAUUUACAUACAUAUAUGUAUGCUCCUCCUAACGUUCUAAAUGAAUUACUUUUAGCUAUGUAAAGUGAUUUUCUUAUUCAUAUGUAUGCCAACUGUGUAAUUAUCUAUUUAUGAAUUUGUAUAAUUAUAGUUGAAUAAUAUUUGCAA